UCACAUCGUAGGAGGUGGGGCAUCCGGGCCAGGUUUCCUCGGCGACCGCAGGGGACUUGACCGCUUGCGGUGUAUACGGGCUUUGCAGUCAUGGGGACCCCUCCAGGCCUGCAGACAGACUGCGAGGCACUGCUCAGCCGCUUCCAGGAGACGGACAGCGUGCGCUUUGAGGACUUCACGGAGCUCUGGAGGAACAUGAAGUUCGGGACUAUCUUCUGUGGUAGAAUGAGAAAUUUAGAAAAGAACACAUUUACAAAAGAAGCUUUAGCUUUGGCUUGGCGAUAUUUUUUACCUCCAUACACCUUCCAGAUCAGAGUUGGUGCUUUGUAUCUGCUAUACGGAUUAUAUAACACUCAACUAUGUCAGCCAAAACAAAAGAUUAGAGUUGCCUUGAAGGAUUGGGACGAAGUUUUAAAAUUUCAACAAGAUUUGAUAAAUGCACAACAUUUUGAUGCAGCUUACAUUUUUAGGAAGCUACGACUAGACAGAGCAUUCCACUUUACAGCAAUGCCCAAAUUGCUAUCAUAUAGAAUGAAGAAAAAAAUUCAGCGAGCCGAAGUUACGGAAGAAUUUAAGGACCCAAAUGAUCGUGUAAUGAAACUUAUCACUUCUGAUGUAUUAGAGGAAAUGCUGAAUGUUCAUGAUCAUUAUCAGAACAUGAAACAUGUAAUUUCAGCUGAUAAAUCCAAUCCAGACAAAGCCCUCAGCUUGAUAAAGGAUGAUUUUUUUGACAAUAUUAAGAACAUAGUUUUAGAGCAUCAGCAAUGGCACAGAGACAGGAAGAAUCCCUCAAAAUCAAAAGCUAAAGAUGGAGAAGAAAAGAGAGAAGGAAAUUCACAAGAAUCAGAGAGAUGCGAAAGGGCAGAAUCAUUAGCGAAAAUAAAAUCAAAGGCCUUUUCAGUUAUUGCUCAGGCAUCCAAGUCAAGAAGGCAUCGUCAAGUCAAACUUGACUCUUCUGAUUCUGAUUCUGCAUCUGGUCAAGGACAAAUCAAAGCAACUAGGAAAAAAAGAAACAAAGAAGUAUUGAAAUCGGCAGGAAGGAAGAUGUCUUCCAGAAAAAGAGAUGAUAUGCAGAAUAUACAUAAGGAAGAUAAAUGUUUAAGUCUGAGUAUGCCCGUAAUUACAGAAGAGGAUGAGGAGAACAAAAGCUGUAGUGAAUCAGAGUUCACUGCACCCAAGAAGAAAAGAAAACACAGAACAAAGAGCUUGGUGUAGAGUUCUUAAUUUUGAACUUUCUGACAGAAGAAAAGAUUUGUAUUUUGUGUAUUGAAAUACAGUAAGACUGCCAGUAUUAAAAAUAAUUCUUCUGAGAAACCAUAGGUUAUUCCUUUGAAAUGGAAAUACUUUAACAUAGUUCUAGGAUUAAAGUACAAAAAAUUAGAAUAAGAAUUUAUUCUGAAACUUAAUUUUAACAUUUUCUUUUAUGAAAUGUGCAUAAAGGGAGAUAAAAUUUGGAUUUAGAAUGUAAUAGAAAUAAUCCUGUUAUUUGCAAAUUAUUAAUAUUUCCUACAACUUUUUGUGAUAUUAUACUAUGUUAGUAUAGUUUUGGUAAUAGUAACUAUUGUAUUUAAAAUCUUUUUCCUUGAAAUAUUAAUGUUUAUUACAUGUGAAUGGCUAAUUGUUUUGUAUCUGCGAUCUGGUAAUGGAUUUGUUUAUGAUGUAUGUUAACUAUUUUAUAUGUUGUAUGGUUAAGUACAUUAAAAUUUUUAUCUUACUUUAUUUUUUAAUAUAUGAAACUUACAUGGUUAAUAACUUAUGUGAUUGAUAACUUAGGAAGCUCAGUUUCUGUCUCUGCAACCAGUUAAAUAUUCUUUGGUGCUUGUUGUAAAGCUUCCUUUGGCCUAACAUUUACAUGUAUACAUGUAUGUGUACGUAUAUGUAUACAUCUGUCCAUAUAUCUGUAUAUUAUAAUUAGUAAAUACACUGAGUACAACAUUUAAAUACUCAUUAUUUCUAAUAAAACCUUUAAGAAUGGUAAUGUAAAUUCCAGAAUGUGACUAUGGUACAGAAUAGUUGGUACUCUGAAAAAAGUUCUGUCGCUUCCUGAAUGUGCCUCUCUGUUAAUUUCUCAUUUGAGACAUUUAAGUGGAGAUUGCCUGAGCCAUCUUAUUUGAAUUGCUACCGAUAGCAGACCAUCUCUAUAUCAUGUGGUUGGCUCAGCCUGUCUUACAGUUGAAUCUACUUCAUGUUGUUUUCCAGCAUUGUAUAUUCAGGAAUUCUGUAAAUGUCCUGGGAGUGACAGACAACAUGUGAUAUCUAUAAUCUUUUCAAAACAAAAUACUAAUGCUAACCCAAAUAAAACUUUAAUGUAUUAAAAUCUAUGUUAUCACACUAGCCACUAAACUGUUUCCCAUGACUGACUUCAGAUGUUUCUGGUAAUAGAUGGGACAGUUUUCAUAAUGUGGAUGGGCAGAGCUUCUGGGAUUUAAAUAUUCCAGGUUUGGGGCACUCGGAGGUAUCAGAGGUAUGGGUCCAUUAUUGGCUACUUAUAUACCAGGUUAUUUGUUAGGACUUGUCUGAUCAUUAAAGUUUACAAACAUUGUACAGAAUAUAGUGGUUUGCCUUCUAUUUUUUUCAUAACAGUGUUUAUAAAAUACAAGGUAUCGUUUCACUUGUAUAAUGAAGAAACUACCUCUGGAUGGAAAGUGGCUUGCCCACAUUCACAAAAUUAGUAAGUGAUACAUCUGGACAUACAAAUACAGGGCUCUGGCUUGUAAUUUCAGUGUCAUUUUAUAUAAGCCUACAGAAAUGGAAAUCCAGAGGGAUACUUUAGACUGCAAGCACUAAUGUCCCAUUUCAAAAUGGCUUAAACAAUAAAGUAUUUUUUUUAUAA